CCGAGCUGAGGCGUCUUCAUUCAUGAGCACACUGAGUCUGUGGAUCCUGCGAGGAGGCUUGAUUCUCACUGACACUCACUAUUAGAGCGGACAAUGCUGCGGGUCAGAUGUCUGAGAGGAGGUAGCAGAGGGGCCGAGGCUGCCCAUCUGAUCGGAGCCAUGCUCGGCCGGUCUCUCACCGGGUGGGUGCAGAGGGCCUUCCAGAGCACUUCGAGUGCAGCAGCUGCACAGCCACAACAUGCAUUCGUGGAGGAACACGUUACUGAACCUGUUCACCAGGAAUGCCCCGUCUGCAGCUACAAUGAAUGGGACCCCCUGGAGGAGGUGAUCGUGGGUCGGGCCGAAAACGCCCAUGUGCCUCCCUUCACCGUGGAAGUGAAAGCUAACACAUACGAGAAGUACUGGCCCUUCUACCAGAAGCAUGGGGGCCGGUCUUUUCCCGCGGACCACUUGAAAAAAGCAGUUGCUGAGAUUGAAGAAAUGUGCAAUAUUCUGAGCCACGAGGGCGUCACUGUGAGGAGGCCGGAGCCCAUCGACUGGUCCCUGGAAUACAAAACUCCAGACUUCACAUCAUCAGGAAUGUACGCCGCCAUGCCCAGAGACAUCCUCAUGGUUGUGGGAAAUGAGAUUAUCGAGGCUCCUAUGGCCUGGAGGGCUCGCUUCUUCGAGUACAGAGCCUACAGACCUUUGAUCAAGGAGUACUUCAAAAAAGGUGCAAAAUGGACCACUGCUCCCAAACCCACCAUGGCCGAUGAGCUGUACGAUCAGGACUACCCCAUCCGAACCGUGGAGGACAGACACAAGCUGGCUGCAGAGGGGAAGUUUGUGACCACGGAGCACGAGCCCUGCUUUGAUGCUGCUGAUUUCAUCCGAGCUGGAAGGGACCUUUUUGUCCAGAGGAGUCAGGUUACAAAUUAUAUGGGAAUUGAGUGGAUGCGGCGCCAUCUGGCCCCAGACUACAAGAUCCACAUAAUCUCAUUCAAGGACCCCAACCCCAUGCACAUCGAUGCCACUUUCAACAUCAUCGGGCCGGGACUGGUGCUGUCAAACCCUGAUCGUCCGUGUCGCCAGAUCGAAAUGUUCAAGAAGGCUGGAUGGACUAUUGUGAAACCUCCGACACCUCUGAUUCCUGAUGACCACCCACUGUGGAUGUCCUCCAAAUGGCUGUCCAUGAACGUCCUCAUGUUGGAUGAGAAGCGUGUCAUGGUCGAUGCCAACGAAGCCUCCAUUCAGAAAAUGUUUGAGAACCUCGGUAUCAAGACCAUAAAGGUGAACAUUCGCCAUGCCAACUCCCUGGGUGGUGGCUUCCACUGCUGGACAACUGAUGUCCGCCGCCGUGGUACCCUGCAGUCCUACUUCCACUAGCUUUGCCAGAAACAGGCAGUUUUUAUUGAGCUUUAAAAGUUAAAGCCUCAAUCCGGAAUCUUAAUUCACCUAUAAUGACCCUUUUUUUGUUGUUAUCCGUCAGUCUAGGAACAAAAAAUAAAGGGUAGAGGUUUGUUUUACAAAAAUUUACUGUUUGCAAAUGUCAAACCGUGUCUUAAAACAAGUAUAAACAUUUUUAAAAUGUGUAUUUGGGCGUCACCUGCAGAUUAUUCUUAAAACGUGUGCAUAAAGAGGAAGUCUUAACAUGACUAGUGGCACCAAAGUUGUUUUCCGGAUUGUGUCUUUAUGUCCUGAAUGAACAUUUGUGAAUUGUUUUGAUUUGACAUUGCUGUACAUCACAGUGCCUUUGCAAACAGCUUUGUUCAGAGAUAAAUAGUACAUACAGUAUAUGCUCAAAAGCAACAAAUGAAUAUCACUUUACUUCAAUCACUGAUCUCAAUAUUAACUGCAUUUCUGGCCUGGCUAUUGUGAAGCAUUUAUGGCUCGUACAUCUGGAAGCCGUAGCUCUGAGGACAAGGUACAAUUUGGUAUGUGAAUGUCACCGAACUAUAGGGCACAGGAGGAGAGAAACUUCCUCCUCACCAAAACUCAGAAACCACAUAUUUUUCCAAAAUAUUCUCUUUUUUUAUUUAAACACAUGAUGUAUAAAAGUAUAUGUAGGUCAUUAAACAAUUUUAACUUCUUAUCAGUAGUUUAAUUUUUUGUAAAGAUUUCAACUGAUCAAACAGAAAAAAAUAAAAUCUCUGUUUAUAUUUUUCAUACUCGUUAUUGGAUUUCCCGACAAUUUGUGUUGUUAUGUAUUUACUUAAAAAGUAUGCGGUCCAUAUCAGAUAUUGUACACCUUUUGCCUCUGCUGUUUUCUCCUAUUGCAAAUCUGGGCCAGUUAUAUGCUACUAGACGUUCUCACUGAACUGCUUGGCUGCUUUUGUGCACAAAAAGAAAAUGUCUUGAGUGGCUCAUCAGAGGAAUGCAAAGUGAAAAGUUUUGUAUUAUGCAGUGUUAUGAAAUGUAAUAAAAGGUGUGUGUGUGUCA